AUGGCCGUCCUCAGCCCCCAGAGGACCGCCAUCGCCCCCGCCAGGCCCCACCCUGGCCAAUAUGUAUCCCCCUGCCCGCCGCCCCUCGUCCGCACCGCCAGCCAGCCCCCGCUGUCCACACGCAAGUCGCUCGGCAAGGACAGCAAUCCCGCAGACAAGGCUCUCAGUGACCUGAAUAUAGUGGAUAGACCGAGCAGUGAAGGCACCCUGACGCAGACGCAUAGUCCGCUCGAUGAUAUUGACCUGUCUAUUGGUGUGACGACUUUGAGGCCGGUCGCCACUCCCUUUCUUCCUGGUGUUGACCAAGAGCUCUGGGGCCCGCCUACGCGACCCAUGACGGCAACCGACCUCACCGCGCCCAUCCCGAGCCGCUCCCGUCUACUACCAUUUAAAGUCGACAACAAGCCUCAGCCUUCGAAAGACGUUGAGCUGUGUCCUCCCAGCUCUUCGCCUUAUGUCCGAAGGAUGGACAAGUGCUGCCUCGCCAACAUGAAGCCCGCGUCGAGUCUGGAGCAGGAACUGGCGGAAACCAAGUUGGAGCUGGACAAGAGUCGGAUUAGAGCUAGCGCGCUCGAAAAGGACAAUCAGAGGCUGAUUGAUAUCAUGCACCAUAUCGUCAAAUCAUAUCCAUCGUCCCCCACCCCCCACUCAUCACCUCCAUCCUCACAGUCCGGCUUCUCCCCACUCCCCCACCCAUUCUCGCAUUCCGCCAUAACACCUCCCACCUCCGAGCGCUCCGUCGCCGACGAACCCAUCGCCAAGCCGAACCUCCAGGCACCUCCUGCUCAUACCCAAGUGGUGUCAGCCAUGGGAGCGGUGGGGGUGGUACCGAGUCCCGACGAGUCAUCGCAGUUGAUGAAGGUUGUGUUGACGUCAAAGAUGAAUUUUGAUAUGAUGGACCUGGAGAUGGUGAUGCCCGUGGUGUCGGUUAUUGCCACGCAUCAUGUGCCUACCGAGAGCGACGAUUUUGCUGGGCUGAAGAAGGCUGUUGAUGCUCUGAGUGAAAAGCUCGUCUCAUCCAACCAAGCAUACGUCGGCGCCAUCACCCGAUCCAUCAUCGAGUUUGCUCCACGUCUCUGCACUUCUCACUGGGGUAAUCACCUCUGCCGCCGCCUUCUAGAACUCGGCUCCAGCAUGGACCGCCUCAACUUUCUGCUUUCAAUCGUCCACGACAUCAUACCGAUUUCAAACAACAUCUACGGAAUUCACGUCCUCAUGCGGAUCAUGACAUAUGACGACCUGGCGGAAGUUGUGGGGCAGGCGUUGUUCGAGAUUGGGUUAUUUGACGUGUUGAGGAAUGGUUCUAGGAGGUUGUGGCAGAUUUAUAUUGUGCAGUACAAACAAGAUAAUUGUUGGCCGAUCUACAAGAGAAUCAUCGAAAUGCUCAAUGGCCGCUGGGUAGAUUUGGCUUGUACAAACCAAGACGGAGCUAUCGCGAUCCAACAGCUCCUCGACGCCCCCAAAUCCCAAGACCUCGUCACAUACUGCUGGCGCGAAAUGAUGAACCGCAUAUCCACCGUAGCCAACAACCCCUACGGCUGCAACAUCAUCUCCAAAUUCCUCGCCAUGCCCUCCCUCUUCCGCGCAACAUGCGGCGCUAUCCUCUUUGCCUACCCGCCCGUGGCGACCACGCAUCAUGGGAUUACGUUUGUCAAUACGGCGCUGGCGAGGGGGGUGGGGGUGGAUUUUGUGAGGUAUGUGGAGUGUUUGUGUGUGGAGAAGGAGGGGAAGAGGCCGGGGAUUUUGGCUGUGGCAGAGAGUGAUUUGGGUAAGGGGCAUUUGUUAUAUCUCCUCUCCCGACUUACUUCUCCUGAUGACGCUCUACGCAUUCGGCACACCUGUCAGAAAUGGUCUCACGUUCUUCAAGGCUCGCCCAGUGGGAAUGAACUGCUCAUUUACCUCGGUAUCGUCCCACCGAACACGGUCUUCACUCCUCGGCCCCCGUCGCAACUGUAA